CUUUUCUCUUAUUUAUUUCCUUUUAGUUAAACAACCCACUUUUCACGCAGUAAACGGUGAGCUUUAGCCCCACCUGGUGGCCAGCGCGGUGCAGCGCAGGCAACAUGGCGGCCCCCAUGAGGACACUGUGCAGUUCAGUGUUGAGGCUCUCCAGCAGGCAGUUCAGCACAACGUGGGGGGUACAAGCUGGGGAGAAAUGGAGGAAAGAACACGGACUUGCCCGAAGUGGCACAGAAUACGGCCCUCUGACAGAUCUGCCUGAUUGGUCGUUUGCAGACGGGAGACCAGCGCCUCCGUUGAAAGGACAGCUGAGAAGAAAGCAAGAGAGGGAAGUUUUAGCAAGACGCAUCGUGAUGCUGAGCUCGGAGGUGGACAAAGGAAUGGAGGCGUGGAGCGAAAAGCUGGAAGCAGCCAAACGACUGGAGGAGCACAAAAAGUCUCUCUUACUCAAAGCUAAAGGGAAGCUGUUGAUGAAGAAAAAAAUUUGACCAGACGAGCUGACAGUCGGGUGGGAGGACGCCUAAAAGGCCCCCAGGAGGCACACAAAAAAGGGUUGUUAAAAAGCGGUUGGCAUGGCGACGCGCACAUCCUCACACCUGCACCAUCAAAGACCUCCCAGAUGAACCAACAGUGGGAAAUGUGAC